AUGCUAAUGAAAAUCGUUUAUUACGGAUUGGGUUUAAUUGCAUGCUGGUGGUUUUCAUGGUACUUUAUUGCAUUGAUUACUGGUUUCCAUUUAUGCUCAAUUUCAAUCAAUAAUGGGGUCCUGUUCAAUGGAUUAUCAUUUUGUUCUUCUAAGAUUGUCAUAAACUUGAAGUCCCUUCGUUUCAGAUUAUGGGGGAACACUCGAAUGAUUAUCUUGGAUGAUCUUAAUAUAACGUUGUUGAAUGAUGACGAUACCAUUAAUAAAAAACAUGGGAAGUCGAAGUUGAAAAAUAAGCCAAAAAAUAGAAAACCAACUGAGUUAUCAGAACUAGAAGAUUUAAAUUCGACUAAAAUUUCAGUCUUACCAGCUAAUAGACUUGCCAAAGUUUUACUGAGAUUCAUUCUUAAACAUAUUCCUAAAAUUGAUAUUGAAAUAAGAAAUACUUCAAUAACAAGCUCUGCUAAGUUCAAAACUAGAAUUGAUUAUGCUAAAUUUACUAUCCUGUCAAGGUAUAGUAAAAGACAUGAUGAUGUAAUUAAAUUUUACUCAAACAUUGUAACAACAAAUGUUCAAAUUCGUAAUACUGCUACCGUCAUGGAGCAUUUACCUCCUUCUUCUUUAGGGACUUUUAGAUUCCAAUUAAAUUACUCCAUUCAUAUGUUUCAUGGUGAUUUACAAAAUAUCCAAUUGAAAAUAUUCACUAGUGAUGUUAAAGUAUCAGUUUUCAAUACCUUUAAGUAUCUAAUCAAAAAAUUAAGUAAAGAAAAUGAUGGGUUGGGGUUACAACAAGAUCAGGAUGCGGCCACAGAUGAAGAUGAAGAUGAUAUAGAUCUUGAUAAUUUCAACUUUCCAAGAAGUGAUAGUUUCCGCUAUGAUAUACCGGCUGAAUCGUCAAAAAGUCCACCAUCAACAUCAGAAUCUUUGAAAGAAAAUAAUGAUUCUAAAUUUCAAAAACGUCUAAACAGAAUUGUUAAACUUCAUAAUAAAAUUUAUUCAGCCAUAAAUGAAAUUUCAAUUCAUGUUGAAAAUACUUCAUUUUUAGAAAUCCCUUUUGCAACGACCGAAGAUAAUCAAACUUUUACAGAAUAUUUUAAACAAUCACAUCCUAGAACUUCAGUCUCCUUAAACAUAAAAUCAAUGUCUGUAAAUUUACAAAAAUUAUAUGAGGGUUCGGCUGGGUUUGAAGUCUUAUUUGAUCCAAAAGUUGAUAAACCUUUCCAUGCUACAACUUCAUUUCAAUUAUUGAAACUUGAUUAUUCAAAAUUAGUCUACGAUGAGAUCAAAAAAACACACUUUGCCGAAUCUGAUGAAGUUCUCAAUAUCCCUAACUACAGUUUCACUUUCAAAAGUAAUAUCAUGGAUAACUUGGCAAAUGGUUACGGUUUUAAAAACUGUAUGGUUGAAUUUUUCUCAUCCGCAAGUAGUCCAAUUUUAGAUGUUGACACUGCUCAAUUAUCUUCUCUUCUUUAUAAUCUUAUUUUACUUAAAAAGUUUUUGAAACUAAAUGACUUGAAAAGGGAAAAUAGAAAAUUAGCUAGAAGAUUGGAAAAAAUCGAUCUCAAUGAUAACGAUGAAAGCUACCUUGCUUAUUCUCAUACUGGAGCAGAUAGCCACAACCAAUCUGUUUUUAACAAUCAACAAAAGGAAAUCAAACAAGAGCAACGCAAUUUAUUACUGAAUAACUAUAAUGAAUCAGAUACUAGUUAUAGCUCUCAAGAUGCUGACGACAUGGACGAAACGAAAAUUGAGUUGGACUACGAGAACAGUUCUCCGAAUAAGAAAAACUAUGAAGCCGGUAGCUCUGUCAAUGGCUCGUCUGCCAAAAGCUCUCCCCUUAAAAACAAAUUCUUCAAGCUUCUUAAUGAUUACUACCCACGUCUAGAUGUUAAGCUAAUUAUUGAACAACCAAGACUUAUCAUUAGAAAUAAUGAUAAGCUACAUGAACGUAUUCAAAUAUUGAAUUUUUCUUAUUCCUUACUUAAUGUUCACGUUAUGACCACUGCUGCCAGAGAUUAUGAUGCUAAAUGCCAUAUAUUGCAUCCAUGUACAACUUAUCAUGAAAAAAGUGAUAUAGAGUCAGCUAAUUAUACAAAUGAGAUCAUCAAAAAGGAAAUCCUAAGCCUUAGAUCUGCCCAUUUUCAAUUUGAUAUUUUAAAAAAUUUAAGAGUUAAAUCCUUAAUUGACAUCGAUGAACUUAUGGUGGAUUUGGGUGAGCUAGAUGUUCUUGUCGGAAUAAACAGACUCUUUAUGGAUGUUACUACAAUGACCGACCGUGAUAUGAAUACUGGUCUUAUAAAUUUGUUCUUGAAUUCAGAAAUAAUCAAACAAAGAAGUGUGUAUCCUUUGUUCCAUCCUAUGUUGGCCUCGCCUGGUCUAUUGUCUUCGCCAGCAUCGGAAGCCGAUCUUAAAGGUGCAUCAUUGGAAUCAAAAUUAUUCAAGGUUUUACCUCAUUGGUUGGUAGAAGCUGAACUCAGGGUCUCUCAUUCGCAUGUUCAUAUAGGUUCGAGGUCCGUUCUUAUCGGCAAAGACUAUAUAUCACAAGUUUUUGGAAAUGGAUUUGAUAAGGAUUUCGGCUCUUCAAAUCAUAACCUUAGGGCAGUCAAAUUCACCUUUGAUGAUUUCAAAGCAAAAAUAAAAAACGACACUAGAAAACUGUCUUUGGAUAUCCCUUCGUCCACUGCCCAUUCCUCAACUGACAGCCUAAUACCACCUUCAAUGGCUACUUCGCAGGAUACUCUUACGUCUAAUUUAUUAUCAGAAAAUAAUUCUGAUAUACUAUUCUGGGCAUUCAAUAUUGAAGUUAAUAAAAUCAAUAGUUCAGUACGAAAUGAUUUAGUCACUGAAAAAUUUGAGAAUUUCCUUAGCGUUCCAAAUUUCAACAUAGAAGUUGGGGCGGUGAUUCAGAACUCCCAAAAGAAACUAAGGAUAGAUGGUAAUGUCGGUGAAUUAAGAGGGUCCUACGAUCGCUAUAAACUUAUGACGAUAAUUGGUUCUAUAUACCUCAUCAAAGAAAUCUUUAUCAAUCCAUUUAAGUCAAUCACAAGGAAGUUCAAGAAUGAUAUGAAACGGUUUUCGAGUCAAAGGACUAUCUCUAAUCGCCAUUUACAACCUAAAAAGUUGAAAGACUUUCUACAUGGGGAAGUAAAAGUAGUUAAAUCGGAUUUAAUACUCCACUUGAGUGAUGAUUUCAAAAUCAAGUUACAAUUAUUCAACCUCAUCAACAUCUUUUCUCAUGGUGUUCUCAGGGUAGAUAAUAGUUUUGCAAGGAUUCUUGCUGAUUCGCCCACCAUUGAAGGAUAUUGGAGUCGUUUGGCUUGUAUUGAUGGCUUAAAAAUUGAUGUUAAUGACCCUGAUUUGAGUCACAAGAUAGCCGUUGAUUCAGAAUCAAUAAGAUUGAUACAGCCUCAUUCCUUCGUUGUUCAUCAAUUGUUUGAUAACUUGUCCAUUUCCAUUAAGACCAUGAAACAUUUAGUGCAUGCUAUGAAGGGCAAUAAUGAACUGAAAGUGAACGUCGUCAAGCCUAAGGAAUCGAAAACUGUCAAAGUACCUAAAAUGAAAAUCACAUCUAAUAGGCUUUCCUUUUGCAUGGAAGAUGAUCCAUUUGAAUCUGAAUUAAGUGUGAUUUACCAAUUGGGUAUCGUUGAACAGCGUAAACGUUUAGAACAAAUUUCUCUCUUCGAAGAAAGAGCAGCUAAUGAAUUGAAUGAGCAUAAUGAAGUAGAUCUUGAAGAUAAGUAUGAAACAUUGCUUAAAACCUUUUCUACUCAGUGGGUCAGAAAAAUAAGACUGUACAAGGAUAGGCUCAAUGAUGAAAUUGUUUCUAAUAGAAAGUUUUUAUUUGGAAAUGAAGCCAGUUUAGCAAGAAACGAAAAUACCAAGAUAGUCGCUUACAUGAGCCAAGCUCCUUUGCUAUCAGUAAUAAUGGAUGGCUUUGACCUUGAUUUACAAACAACCAAGUUUGACCUUCGCGAUCUACCCCAAUUUAUCCAUGAUAUGGGUCAAGGUGUUCCAAAGAGUACCAAAUACUCUUUGAUGUUUCCUUCAUAUAUCCAACUCACCUUGACAGAACUAAGAAUGCAUCUUCGAGAUUACCCGUUACCCUUACUCCAUCUACCUCCUGAUUCUCACGAAAAAGCACUCAAUUUAGAAGGUCAUCUUGUUAUUUCUGAAGCCUUAAUCAAAAAGGCUGAACACUUAAGAAAGCUUUAUAUCCCGUUAACAAAACACAUGAAAAACAUCGAAAAGGAUAAGCAUUAUUCUUUGACCAUUGAGAAGUCCUUAUCUACAGUGAAGUUGUAUACUGAUAUUCAAGUAAAAUUUGGUUCAAAGCUACCCUCCCGGUUUGUGUGGGGCCAAUCUUAUCAGUUUGGAAUACAGCAGGUCAUGCUAAAUUUCGAUCAGUUUUCCAAACCUCCAGUUGACCCCUCGAUGAAAUUGGGAUUCUGGGAUAAAUUGAGACUUAUCAUGCAUGGUAAAUUCAAGAUAAUCACCGGUCCUUCUAAUGGCCUUGAGGUUGCGUUUAAGGGCUCUCGUGAUCCUUAUGACUUGUUUGAUUCUUCGUCUGGUUUUGUAUUGGCUUUCAGUGAUAAUGUGGAAUGGAAGGUGAAUGAAAACGAUGACUCUCGCCUGUUUUUCGAUAUUAAAUCAGACAAAAUCUCAUGGUACAUUCCAAAUUACCUCAUCUCUCCUCUUCUUUCUUGGACCCGUGAGAGCUCGAAAUUUGUCUAUUUGCCUAAUACUAAGAGGUUCAUUUCUUCUUGUUUCGCAUACUACUUGGACGAUACGUCUAGUGACUCCAUAGAUCCCUUCGAGGUGCAGUCAGACUUGGUUGAAAAACAAGUUCUUAAUUUACACGGAGGUGUUAACUUCAAGGUUGGUUUUAUUUUGCAGAGGUCAGUAUCACCAGACUCAGACGAAGUAACUGACGAAUGCAAACCUCAUUAUGAGAUCAACUUAUACAAUCCUGAUUUUACAGGAAAAGAUCAUGAUUCUUAUGCUGGGUUCCGAAGUGAUAAGCUUCAUAUGGCCAUUUCCCUUUCUGCUAAUACAGAAAGUAGUUAUAAUGCUAUCCAUUUAAGUCCUGGUGUUUUUAAACAGUUCUUUUCUUGGUGGAAAUUAUUCUCUGGUAACAUGAUGUUGCCAAUAAGAAGGGGCGUGAUGUUUGGUGAAUUGAAAAAAUCCAUGAAGUUUUCCCAACAUUUAUUCACAAAUAAGUUCCAAUUUCGAUUCAAGUCAUUAUUCAUUUCUCAUCUUUAUCGAGAUGAAACUAUAGAUUCCGAACAGGACAGUAUAGAAUGUGUUGGUGUAAGAGCUAAAAUGGAUGACUUCAUUGUUGAUCUUCACCAAAGAAAGGAACCAAGGAUUGAAGUCCAUGAAGGGUUAUCUAGAAAUAAGAAAAUUAUGAAGAUGAACUUUAAUAUUGGUGAAGUACACCUAUCUGGAAUUGAUUUGAGAUUGAUGCAUGCUGUUUUCGACCAGGAUAUUUAUUCUGUGAAGAAAGCUAAAAAUGAAAGCAAUUCCCACUACAAUAAUUUCGACAAUGAUGAUCAAUGGUUUGACAUACUUGACUAUGAAGAAGCAUAUCUUCCAUCCUUAAACUCAAACCCAAGAAAGGUAGAUAUUUAUCCUUUAAUGUAUUCAAAGAGAUUUUCUUACUUGAGAGAUACUGAAACGAAUAAGUCCGAACAGACGAACACUCAAUUGGGAUCUGAGUCCACCCAUGAUUGUCUUUUAAAAUCAACAGAUGUUUAUACCCCUCAGAUUGAGUUGUUCAAUGAUCGAAUUGAACAGUUGAGGGAGCAGAUCAAGGAGAACAGGACCAAGAAUUACUCCAACAAGAAUUUAAACAACCGAAUAGCUUCUUUAAAAGGAGAUAUUGACGAAUGCAGACAUCAAAAAAGAAGAUUUAUCAAUAGGUCUGACGCUCACACUGACACUUCAAACGCCGAGAGCAAAGAAAAUUUCCACAAUAAGUUUGUAUUGAUUAGUAUGUUCCUCAAAUGGAAUGUCAAUAAUAGAAACUUUCUAUUGAAAUAUAUUCACUUUGUUCAGUUGAAAAGUUCUUUCAAAAAGUAUCUAUCUUAUGAAUCAAUAAGUACCUUAGAAGAACUCAUUCAUAGAAAUGAAAACAGAUUUACUAGUGACGAACUCAGUGCAAUAACUAGUGGCUUUAAUAAGAUUAAACUGAAUUCUUCAACUAAGGAAUCCACUAAAACAAAGGAAACAUCGAAAGAUAGAUUCAAUGGUUUUGAUGAAAUAAUCAGAAGAGUCAAGGAUAACGAAAAAAUUAAUGAAGAUUUUAUGAUAGAAAUAAUUUCUCCCCAAAUUCAACUUCAAAGUGAAGAUGCACCUGAUUCUGUUGUAUUGAUCGCAGCACCUGGAAUUGAUGCUAAAAUUAUAUCAGUUGUUGAUAAAAAAACGAAUUCAUUGGUUAUUAAUGGUCAAGAACUAGAAAAGAGGUAUGGUUUUAUGUUGAAAGAUGCAAAUAUAUUUGUUAUCGAGAAAAAUGAUACCAAGCAUUCCAAUAAUUUGAUUUUGAAUAAAUCUUCUUAUGGUACAAAGACUAAUUGGCCACCGUGGUUAGGUAUUGAAAUUUGUAAGAAUGGUGUUUUAGCUGGUAAAGACAAACUUUUGGUUGAGAAAUCCUCCUUGAUGGUAACUUACGAUCAGAUCAAGCCAAUGGCAAGUAAAUUGUCUCAAAUAGAGGAAGGGGGUUCCAAUGAUCAAGACUCAGAAGAAAAACAAGAGCCAGAACCUCCUCAGUCUGAAGGCAUCUCCAAUAGGCUUCGGGUGGAUAUGCCAAAUUUUAUCAUUUCAUCUACAUCAAAACAAUACUUUACUUUGUACAUCAUUGUGACUAGCUUACUUUUUUAUUCUGAACCUAUGAGUAAAUCUUUAAGUGAAAAAUUAGAAAAAUUGAAAUUUUCGAUUGAUUUUCAAGACUUAAGGGCUUUACAUGCAAAUUUGAGCUCGUCUCACAAAUACUAUCAAUUGAUGAAUAUUUUGUCAAAUAACUAUAACUUUAGACAAAGCAUGCUCGAUAACGAAAGUCUAAAUGACUACUUGAUGUUGAACAUCGAAAGGGGAAAUGUUGUCACUGAUAUCUAUUUAAUGAUGCAAUCUAUUUUGAAUGGUGAUAUCUAUCAGGCGGGUAAUGGUGCUCAACCGAAGGCAGAAUGGAUUUUGAAAGCUGAUCAAAUCAUCUUGCACAUGCUUGAAGAUGACAGGACUCCUAUUUUAGAUAUAGCAAUUGCUCACGGUCGUUACACAAGAACAAUAAAGGAAGACAAUUCCAACGACAAUAAAUUACAAAUUGAGAUGAUGCAAGGAUUCAAUUUAUUACCUAAUGCACAUUAUCAAGGAUUUUUGGAACCUUUAGAAGCACCCAAAUUCGAAAGCAAUGAGCAAAACCUAAUCAAUGUUGAUUGGAGUAUGAAGAGAUCCAUCGGUGGAAUCAAAAUAAUGGAAAAUUUUCAAGUUAAUUCGCAGCCGUUAAAUAUCAAGAUUGAUGAAAUAACUGGUGAAAAAUUAAUGAACUUUAUAUUUAGAACUGAAUUGGAAUCAAUCAAUGAAAGUCCAUUAUUGAAUAAACUGAAAGACAUUGAGACUCAAUCCGAUGAUUCAGUUGGUGAAUCUGAUUACGAUGAUUCAUCUGCCGGUGAUACUCAAUCCCAAGGAUUCGUUGAACAACUUGAUGGAACCAAUAAAAAUGUCAAAUUUGACGAAAACGCUUCUCAUACCAACCCUCGGAAAAAAUCCAAUAGGGACGUUAGCAAAAUGUCGAAUCAUGCAUUGUCCAUUUCUGGCAGUAGUGAUUCUCAAGGAGUGAUUGAUAAUGAUAUUGAGGAAAUGAUUCAUAGAUCGAAGAGCUAUUUGAGUAUAGUUUCGCUCAAGGCCAAUCCGUUUUUGCUUCUGCUUUCUAUUAAAUGUAAUAAGGGUUAUCGUCGUGCAUUAAAUGUUGAAAAUUUAAAGAUCAAACUACCUGAAUUAUCAAUUGAAAACGAAAUUUUAUCAGUUUUGGAAGUGACAAUGAUGAUGAAAAAAUUAAUCAUCAAAACUUUAUUAAGUCACACUGGUAGAUUAUUAAGGAACAAGAUGAGUGUUAAAAGAAGACUGGGUAAGAAUUUUAUAAACAAGCCCUUAAAACCAGUUAAGAAAUACGUUAAGUUUACCCAAGUAUCUGAACUUGCCGAAGAAGGGCUGACAGUUAUGUCCGAGCCUUAG